AUGGCGGGGUUGGGUGACCGCGUGGCCUGGCAGGAGGGCGGGACCUACGCGGACGAACUGGGCCGCAUGACUUGCAGGCGCACGGAAUGUGGCGGCGACUCCCAGGCCACGGAGAGCGGCUGGUCCGAGGCCAACAGCAGCAGCGUCCAGGAGGUCCACAAGGUGAGCUUCUCCGUUGCGCCGACUCCAGAGCCGGCGAAGGUGGAGGAAGGUGCAGAAGAUGCCGGGGACGAAGCCCCCCAGCCUCCAAUUGAGGCGGGACCGCCGACGCAGGUUGUCGGCAGCACGGCCGUCAAUGAUGGGGAGUGGCAUCAUGUUGCUGCGGUCAUCGAAGGCGGUCUCGUCUCGCUGUUUGUGGACGGAUGCCCCGACGGUGAGGCCAUUGCGUUGGAGGUCCAUGCUGCGCCGGGUCGACCGCUCUUGCUCGGGCCAGCAGAGGCGGAGAUUGCAUCGGGUGCUGGCGUGAAGGAUGUGCAGGCUUACGCGUUUGCCCUCACCCCUGAGCAGAUCGAAGGUCUCGCGACUGGCAGCAAGGACCUCGGAACCGGACUGUCCCUCUCGUUGAUGCCAGAGCAGGUCACCGAAUACCGGAAUCUGAAGGCAGAGAACGGGGCAGAUGAUGAGGGCCUGGAAGCUGCGCGGUCCCUGCUCGCGUCUGCUGGGCUGGGCGAUCGCCUCGGCCGCGCUUUCCAGCAGGAGGUGGUUCUGGAUCUUUUCGAUGAUCUGAUGACCUAUGCCGAGUCGAUGUGCCUCACCACACGGAAGACAGCGGUCAUGGUUCGGAUUCUGCAGGAGAUUCUGGAGAUGAUGCAUCUGAAGUCGAAGUCUGCCAAGCGCCUGGGAGAGACGUCAUCCAUCUACGAGUGCUUCCAAGAGUUCAAGAGGCUCCUCCUCGCGCACUCUUUCGCCGCCACGCAGACGGCAAGGAAGAUCGUAGACAGGGAGAAGGUCCCGGCCGACGCGACCUUGGCACUCGGGGUCUUCACUCUCUCAGAAGUUCGUCUACUCACUGAGUUCCUGACAGGGGCUCUCUUCCAGCAGUUCCUCCUGUAUCAGUGCGUGCUCGUCGCGCCCCAGGAUAACAUCACUACCAUGGUAGAAGUUAGCGUGCCGCCGCCCGCGCUGCCGCCAAACCUGCAAACAGCGAAGCCGAAGCCGAAGGGUGCCAAAAAUCCCAAGGUUGGGAUCAGGGACAGCGGCAUCAGGAGGACCGACUCAUUUCGUCGGCCCUCGAAGCUUUCGGGGCAACCCGAGGCUAGUGAUGCAACGCCUUCGGCAGCGGCUGAGCCGGGCGCCUCUUUGGACGAGACGCUGUCGCAGCUGCCGCAGGACUUGUCCGUCGAUGCCCACCAUGAGGAAGCCACGAAGGUUGCGGAGGCGACGGCGGAGAACUUCAUCAAGCGCCAUGACGAGGCGUUGAGGCCACCGUGA